UUGAAAAGGUCAAGAUUCAUUUCGUUUGUGCAAUUCCUCAAUGAAAAUUCGGCGUCGAAGUGCUUGAGGGGGUUGGGUUCAAGGUUCGGAUUGACGGGUGCAUAAAUGGAGAGGUAUAAACAUGAAGACGAAAAGAUUUGUCGCUCUAACUUCGUUAUUCGCUCCAACACUGCAGGGGGCGGCAUAGGUCUUUUCAAUAUUUUGACCCGGCUAAAUACCCACCAGUAGGGUACAAAAACAGCAGUCGCGUUGCUCACGGUCUCAUUUGAGUGUUGCACACGGUCUUAUUUCAGCCUAGCGCACGCGGCGUUCCGGCGCACGUGGUAAUCCAAGACUCGCGUUACAUCAUGGCGGGGUCGCUCGAGAAGAGCUCUCUAUGCGCUUCAAAUAAAUGAUUUUUUUUUUUUUGGUACACUUUAAUGUCGUGGCUUUAUUUAUCUGUAAUAAUCUGAUACCAUGGGGAAGUCGAGGACAAAGAACCAGAAGAAGGCCCGUCUAAAUGCGCUUCGCGUGGCCCAGGAAGAGUACUCCACCAUCCCGCAUUCCUUCGUCUUCCACCGCGGGCAAGUCGGCAGGAACGUGGGCCAGCUGGUGAUGGACGUGCGACGUGUAAUGGAGCCCUUCACUGCAAGGUCUCUCAAGGUGCGCAAAAGUAAUGUCUUGAAAGACUUUGUCUCUGUGGCGGGUCCACUGGGAGUGACUCAUUUUGUCGUCUUCUCCAAAACACCCACUACUGUAAAUAUGCGGUUGGCUCGCCUGUCCAAAGGACCUACAAUGUAUUUCAAAGUGCUGAAAUACACUCUCAUAAAAGAUGUUGUGUCAUCCCUGAAGAGACACCGCAUGCACCAGCAGCAGUUCACUCAUCACCCUUUGCUGGUGCUCAACGAUUUUGGUAUGGAGGGCAUGCAGGUCAAGUUGAUGGCCACAAUGUUCCAGAACAUGUUCCCUACUAUCAAUGUGCACAAAGUGAACCUGAAUGUCAUAAAAAGAUGUGUUCUGCUGAACUAUGACCGUGUAUCACAGGAGAUAGAAUUCCGCCAUUACAGCCUGAAAGUGGUCCCCGUGGGGAUGAGUCGUGGGGUCAAGAAGCUCAUGCAGGAGCGCUUCCCCAAAAUGAGCCGCCUGGAGGACAUCAGUGAGCUCCUCAUGAAAGGGGCCAACCUGUCGGAGAGUGAGGCAGAGCAGGAUGGGGAACACAACAUCACUGAGCUGCCCCAGGUGUUCUCUGGUCGUGGCAACAUGUGCUCGGAGCAGAGUGCCGUGCGGUUGACAGAGAUUGGUCCUAGGAUGACGCUGAAGUUGGUGAAGAUUGAGGAGGGCCUGGGGGAGGGGAACAUACUGUACCACUCUCUUGUCAGUAAAAGUGAUGAGGAGCUUCAGGAGAUGCUGAAGAAGAAGGAGGUGAAGCUUAAGCAAAAGGAGGAACGAAAGAAGCAGCAGGAGCAGAACAUUGCCAAGAAGAGGGAGAAAAGAGAGGAGAACAAGAAGAAGAGUCUGGCUGGAAUGAAAAAGAAACAUCAGCAGCAGGAGGAAGACACAGACAGCGAAGUAGAGGAUCCUGGGCAACAUGAAGACCUGGCGGUAGCUGACCAGUCAGAUGAUGAGGCUGAGUAUUACAGACAAGCUGUAGGGGAGGAGCCGGAUGAAGAUAUGUUUCCCACAGCCAAGAGGAAGAUGAGCCUCAAUAAAUCACCGAGGCCCUUCAAAAAGAGGAAGCUGUCAACAGGGAGAGAGUCAGCCAAAAUGGGCAAGAAAAACAAAGGAGGCCCAAAGGCCAAACACUCUGGUAAAUCUGGUGACAAGGGCCAGCCUGGGGAACAGAAACAGCGGAACCAAAAAGGCAGUAAAAAGUUUGGAGUGAAGAAAGGAGAAAAGGGUCUGAAAUUUAAAGGACAGAAGGGUGGUGCUAAGCCUGCUUUUAAGAAAGGGCCAGGUGCCAGAGGGGUAAAGCAGGGUUUCAGACGGAAGGGAAAAGGAAGGCCAGGAGCCAGCAUCUGAAGCAAGACAUGAGUGCUUCUCAGUGACUGAUUAACUGGCUCCUCAAUGUCUGGACAGAGCCAUGUGGAACAGCCUUCUCCCUACUGGUACUGGUAGACCUAUGGAACUGCCUGCCAUCUGCCCCUUACUGUCUGGGCAUACUCAUUACAUCUGCUGGAGUCAAACUGAAAUAGUGCUACCAUUGCAGUAUGACUGUCCUGGUUUUGGGUGGAGACUGUGCCAUGUAAAUUUGUUCUGUUGUCUGCUGUUUGUACAUUGAAAACUAAUUUACAUCAUUAAAGUGGUGUUUUUAUGUUUUACA